CGAAAACAAAAAAAAAACUAUAUAAAACGACGACAACGACGGCAACGACCAACAUUAAAAACCAAGAAACUAAAUAAGAAGGAAUAAUCACAUAUCAACAUCAUGCGCUUCCAAUUCUUGCUGCCAGUCUUCAUCUAUUUUGCCGCCACGACAGCCCUUGCUUGCUCAGAAGCGGAGGAGGAUCCAACUGAGCUAAUUAUGUCCGAUGCCAUUCAUUUCACCGAAAAGGACUGUGUAGACCGUUGCCCAAUGGGAUACGCCAGACAUGGCCAAGACAACUGCGAACAGGAAUACAUCCGUUGCCACACUUUUACCUGCUUCCGUCAGGCCCACAACGAAGCCUAAAUAGAGCUAUCAAAUUCAAUAGAAAUUAAAGCAGAACAUAUUUAUCAAUGCAAUCAAUGUCAUACCACACCAGCGUAUGCAUCUCACUAAAGCCUCCUUGUUGUACUCGUCUUUGAAAAUAAAAAUUCGCCGUGUAUGACAUAAUAUUGAA